CCUACCUUCGUUCGUCGCCGUCGCCCAGCCCGACGCGCUCGCCGCACCUCCCCAGGACCGACUCUAGCAGCGCAACCCCGCCCCGCGCAGAGUAGCCAUGGUCAACAUCACCUACGACGCCUCGGAAUCCAUCGAGUACAAUGAUCCCUCGGGCACUACGGAUGUCUACAGUCCGGGAGACAUUGCUUGGGUCCUGACUUCAACAGCCCUCGUAUGGAUCAUGAUUCCGGGUGUCGGUUUCUUCUACUCAGGUCUUCUGAGGAGAAAGAACGCGCUGUCCAUGAUCUGGGCUUCUAUGAUGACUCUUGCCGUUGUUUCUUUCCAAUGGUUCUUCUGGGGCUAUUCGCUAGCAUUUAGCGAUACCGCGAGCGCAUAUAUUGGUGACCUGAGGUACUUCGGCCUCAAGGGUGUUCUCGCACAGCCCUCAAUAGGCAGCGUGAGGGUCCCCGCGCUCGUCUUCUGUGUCUUCCAGCUCAUGUUCGCGGCUAUCACACCUAUCCUCGCCAUUGGCGCCAUCGCCGAGCGUGGCCGCCUAGGUCCUAUCAUGGUCUUCGUGUUCAUCUGGUCGACAAUCGUUUACGACCCCAUCGCCUGCUGGACAUGGAACUCCAAUGGCUGGUCCUUCGUGCUUGGCGGCCUCGACUUCGCCGGAGGAACGCCCGUCCACAUCUCGUCCGGUACCGCCGCACUUGCCAUUUCCAUCUACCUCGGUAAGCGCCGGGGAUACGGCACCGAACGCCUUGCCUACAAGCCGCACAACACCACCUACGUGGUGCUUGGCACGGUCUUCCUGUGGUUCGGUUGGUUUGGAUUCAACGGCGGUUCUGCCCUUGCCGCGAACUUGCGCGCGACCCAGGCUUGUAUCGUGACGAACCUUGCGGCCAGCGUCGGCGGUCUCACUUGGAUGCUCUGGGACUACCGUCUCGAGAAGAAGUGGUCCGCGGUCGGGUUCUGCUCUGGCGCCAUCUCGGGUUUGGUCGCGAUUACUCCUGGGUCUGGUUACGUCGGCUCGCCUGCUGCCGUGCUCUUUGGCGUCAUGGCCGGCACGCUGUGCAACUUCGCCACGCAGCUGAAGUUCAUCUUCGGUUAUGACGACUGCCUUGAUAUCUUCGCGUCACAUGCCAUCGGCGGCGUCAUCGGCAACGUCCUCACGGGCCUCUUCGCGCAGGCGAGCGUCGCCGGCUUCGACGGCAACCUCGCGCCGAUCGCGGGCGGCUGGCUCGACCACCACUACGUGCAGCUCGGCUACCAGAUCGCGGACUCGGUCGCGGGCAUGUCGUACUCGUUCGUCGUCACCACGAUCAUCCUCUGGGUCAUGCACUUCGUCCCCGGCCUGCGCCUGCGCGCGAGCGAGGAGGCGGAGAUCCUCGGCAUCGACGACGCGGAGAUGGGCGAGUUCGCGUACGACUACGUCGGGAUCGACCUCGGCAACGGCGGCGCGCACGAGUACCAGGACGACACGCACUCGCACGGCGCGCUGCCCCCGGCGGCGGGCGGGCGGGAGCCGAGGCACGUGGCGGUGCAUGAGGCGCGGCACGAGAGCAGCAGCGAUGUGGAGCAUGAGAAGCAGGCGGCGCAGGCUGCGUGAGCGUCGGAGGGGCAGAAAAGCAUGGACGGACAGACAGGCGCAUGACUAGAGAAAGAGGCGAGGAUCGUAAGGGGGUUGGCAAACAAUACAUUGGUUGAGAUAGGCCUUCCAUCUAUCGUAUAAGCUAAUCUAUCGUGUAGGAUCAUAACGUUCACUCUGUUUGUUCGAGCGCGCCGGUGUCGAUGUUGGAAGUGUUCCGUGUAGCGUUCAUCUCGCACUAAUAGGACUACAAUUUUUUGCGAAG